AUGGAUUUUAUAACAACAAGCAGCAACGACAGCAACGCGUCCAGCGGUUACCCAGACGGGGUGGACGUGGUUGCCGACUGGGACGAGGGUGAGAAUGGCACGGGGUCUGGGUCUCUGCCAGAUGUGAAACUGAGUUACCAGAUUAUCACCUCUCUGCUCCUGGGGGCCCUUAUCCUGUGCUCCAUAUUUGGCAAUGCGUGCGUCGUGGCAGCCAUCGCCCUGGAGAGAUCUCUCCAGAAUGUGGCUAACUAUCUGAUUGGAUCACUGGCCGUGACAGACCUCAUGGUAUCGGUGCUGGUUCUGCCAAUGGCGGCCCUCUACCAGGUUUUGAACAAGUGGACACUGGGGCAGGAGAUCUGUGAUUUAUUCAUCUCCCUGGAUGUACUGUGUUGCACAUCAUCCAUCCUGCAUCUGUGCGCAAUUGCCUUGGACAGGUACUGGGCCAUAACUGACCCCAUUGACUAUGUAAAUAAACGGACACCAAGGCGAGCUGCGAUCUUGAUUAGCGUGACUUGGCUAAUUGGUUUCUCCAUCUCUAUUCCGCCUAUGUUAGGCUGGAGAAGCGCCGAAGACAGGGCGAACCCCGACGCCUGCAUCAUCAGCCAGGACCCGGGCUACACCAUCUACUCCACAUUUGGGGCGUUUUACAUCCCUCUUAUCCUCAUGUUGGUCCUGUACGGGCGCAUAUUCAAGGCCGCUCGGUUUCGGAUUCGAAAGACGGUCAAGAAAACCGAGACAGCAAAAGUGUCAGACAAGUGCUUGUCUGUGUCUCCGGCUAUCUUCCACAAGAAAACCAACGGGGAGGCCGGGAGCAAAGGCUGGAAGCGCAGCGGCGAGUCUAAACCCAGCUCUCCGUGCGUAAACGGCGCGGUGAAGCACGGAGAGGAGGGUGAAUCUCUGGAGAUCAUAGAAGUUAUAAGCAACUCAAAGACGCACCUGCCUCUGCCCAACACGCCUCAGUCCUCCUCGCAUGGCUACGAAAACAUAAAUGACAAGAACUCAGCGAAGAGAAAGAUUGCGCUGGCCAGGGAGCGCAAAACGGUGAAAACACUGGGGAUCAUUAUGGGAACUUUCAUCUUCUGCUGGCUGCCCUUUUUCAUCGUCGCACUGGUGCUGCCUUUCUGUGCAGAGAGCUGCUACAUGCCCGACUGGCUGGGCGCAGUUAUAAACUGGCUGGGCUACUCCAACUCUCUCCUCAACCCCAUAAUAUAUGCCUACUUCAACAAAGACUUCCAAAGUGCUUUCAAGAAGAUUAUAAGAUGCAAAUUCCACAGACCGUAACCACACAGAGUGAAAACAUUUGUGUUUACUUAUUCGUGGAGUUUUAACGGACAGCAGGAAAAGUUUAUUGACUGUAUGGAACAGCAAAAAAAUAACAAGACUUUUAUUCAGGGACAGUCUCUCUUCGGUGUGUGUUCGAGGACCGUGUAAAAAGAAAAUCCGGGGUCACUGGCCGCUGAUGAAAUGAGACAAGACGAGAACUUUUGCUCUUAAUGUACAAGCUCAUGUUUAUUCAGUGUUGUAGCUACAAUAUAUAGCCUAUAUGCGACGGCAGCCAUCGUUGUAUUGCCAUGCAAGACAUGUCAUGUGCUGAUUCCAUGCAUUUUACCAUGAGACA